GGAAGUUGUUCGCAGAGGAGUAGAGCAGAAGUCUUCCCGAAUAUCUUGACGGCGAAAUGUCUAUGAUAACAGCGACUACUUGGGUGCCUCGGGGAUUUGCCGCACCGUUUCCUACCAAGUAUGAAUUCGACGAGGACGAGUACGAGCGCAUAGCGCAUUUGGCAAAGCUGCAGCUAGAUGAUGCGAAGGAGGAGUUAGAAGAAGCCGAGAAAGAGGAGGAAGAGGCUGCGAACGGUACUUCUACCGCAAGAGAAAAAGCAAACGAUGUCGAAGAAAUCGACGAUGACCUGAAAGAAUACGACCUGGAACACUACGACGACGAUGACCAGGAUGGCGCCGGAGACACAAUGGCCAUGUUUGGCAAUAUCAAGAAUCUAGUCUUCCACGACUCGAACGAGGACGAUCCUUACAUCACCAUGCAAACCCAGGAAGAGGAGGAUGAGGAGCGAGAGGAGCUGCAGAUUCUGGCGACAGAUAACCUGGUACUGGCUGGAAGGAUAGAAGACGAAGUCGCACACCUUGAAGUGUACGUGUAUGAAGAUGAGGCCGACAAUCUCUACGUGCACCACGAUAUCAUGCUCCCGGCCAUCCCUCUGGCAGUGGAGUGGCUCGACUUGCCAGUGGGAAAGGUCGCAACGGGAAAGGACGGCAAAGGCAAUUUCGUUGCGGUCGGCACAAUGGACCCCGAUAUCGAAAUAUGGAACCUGGAUGUUGUGGACGGCAUGUACCCAGAUGCCAUACUAGGACAGGGAGCGGAGGAUGCAGGGGCGGCGGAGAAGCCGAAGAAGAAAAAGAAGAAGAAGGCUAAGAAGGCUAACGACAACUACCAUGUAGACGCCGUCUUGUCGCUCGCUGCCAACCGACAACACCGUAAUCUCCUCGCUUCCUCCUCAGCAGACAAAACUAUCAAACUAUGGGACCUCAACACCACCACAUGCGCGAAGUCAUAUACAUAUCACACAGACAAGGUGUGCUCGGUGGCAUGGCAUCCCGUCGAGUCGACAGUGCUCCUGAGUGGCAGCUACGAUCGGACUGUAGUGGCAGCCGAUAUGAGAGCUCCCGAUGCGAAAGCCCCCAGAUGGGGUGUCGAGAGUGAUGUGGAAACGGUGCGAUGGAAUCCUCAUGACCCCAACUAUUUCUACGUCUCUACCGAGAACGGUAUCAUCCAUUACCAUGAUGCGCGCAAUGCUCCAGCGGAUCCUUCGAGCUCGAAACCAGUCUGGAUAUUACAAGCACACGACGAGGCCGUCUCGUCUUUCGACAUCAAUCCCGUGAUCCCCGGCUUCAUAGCGACAGGUUCAACGGACAAGCAGGUGAAGCUCUGGAACGUCCAAGAAAGCGGUCCCAGCAUGGUCGUGUCCCGCGAUCUCGGCGUCGGCAGAGUAUUUAGCACGUCCUUCGCACCAGACCAGGAGGUCGGCUUCCGGCUGGCGGUCGCGGGCAGCAAAGGCGCAGUGCAGAUAUGGGACACAAGCACCAAUGCGGCCGUCCGGGCGGCGUUCGCGAAUAAAGUGCCGCAGGUUAGGGGGGACGGAAAGGAGCGCUUGGUGGGGCUGGAGGAGUCUGACACGGACUCUGACUCCGAGGAGGGCGAAGAUGACGGUGGCGAGGAUGCGGAGGGUGCAGAAGAGAUGGAGGAGUAGUAGAGGGGAAGGCUUUUUAUGGAGGCUUAUCAGCCCUAUGCACCACCCAUGUUGAUUUCAAGAAGUACAGUGAAAAAAUCUCCUAUGAUGCGGACUGUCGGACUGCAUGCCGGGGUGCAUCUCCGGCGUCGUUAGGGUCGGAGUCCGCGAGGCUGUGCCUGGCUUAGGAUGCAGGGAGUUGUGAAGAAACAUUAUUGGUUUUGAUGGGUACCAGAUCGAUGAGUGUUGACUUCAAGUCUCUGGAAGUGUGAUACCACUACGGCUGUGUCGGGCAACGUACUGUGUAGAUAUGUGGGGACCAGGAUUAUUGAACUCAUCGAGCCCAGCGAUUACUGUAUGACGCCAAAAUAAGAAUCGUGAAGG